GCAGUUGAGUGGUGAGGCACGUGGUCAUUCUCUGUUGGAGAGGGAAGACUAUGACAGAAAUCCUGGGCCCCAUUAAAUCAUUUACAGCAUUCAUUGACCUCACUGAAGGAGCCCAGAUAGAGGAAUUAAGGAAACUAUUAAUAGAAAAUGGCCUAAUAGAAGCAAAUGAGGAAGAAGAUGAGGAGAAGGAGCCUCUAGAAAGACUCAUUUCUGUCAUUAAUUUAAUGAGAAAUGUUUUUGAAAAGCAAGACAAAACAAUUCAAGAGCUGGAGAGUAUAUUAUUGAGCAUAGCUUCGCUGCUGCAUAUUGUCCCCAAGGAAUCGAGUGCCAAGUUACUCAGUGACCUCUGUAGUACAGCUCUGGCUGGCACUACACCUAGCAAUGCGAGACAGAGACUCAGACUGUUGGAUUUGUUGUUCUACCAGUUUGAUGUCAAGAGUCGAAUGGCUUCGGUUGUGUUUUGGCACAAGCUAAAGAUGAGCGUGCAGUAUGGUUUAGGAUCACAGCUAGUCAUCGAUAUUGAUAAGUUAAAGAAAUGGAUGGUGAAUUGGUCAUUUAGUAUAGAUGAGAAGCAAAGAGCGUACAAGCUAGUUUGGGAGCUAUAUAAAACAACUGACAAGAAAAGUAUUUCUUGUCGGGCUCUGACUGAACUUGUCUCCACUUAUGAUUCUGACAACGAAGAGAAUAUUUCCACUCUUGUUACUGAGCUGGUUGUCAUGGCAAUAAGUGACCCUGACAGAUACAUAUUUAGUGACCUGUUGGACAUUGAGGCAGUAAAGCUACAAUACUCUGAAAAGAUUUAUCAAUUACUGGAAGUGUUCUCUUCGGGGAUGUAUGGCUCCUUCUUGAAAUUCUGUGAUGCUAAUCCAGGCUAUCUUGAUCAACUUGGUCUGGAGUAUGAACAUUGCAAGCACAAGAUACAGGUAUUGACCUUGCUCUCCCUCGCUGAAGGAGAAUCAGAGAUACCGUUUGCUUCAUGCCUGACUGAGCUCCAGAUUGACAUCGACUCUUUUGAGCAACUAGUUAUAGAUGCUAUUAGGUACAAAUUAUUAAGUGCAAGAAUAGACCAUGUUAACGAAAAGGUCAUCAUCACGAACUGUGUGAGAAGAACCUUUGGACUCAACGAGUGGAACCUCAUCCAUGACUCGCUUCUAUCUUGGAAAAAUAAUAUUUCUCAUUUUCGUUCUAAUUUGAAAUCAUUUCAGUUACUACCGGUAGGAGAUCAGAAGACUUAGCAAGGACAGUUUCAGUUUUUGUGUGGUUCAGAGCGAAUUAUUAUUAUUAUUAUACAGUUCUUAUUUCUUUCUCUUUCAUGGCUUGCCAUUAUUAUUAUUAUGAUUAUUAUUGUAAAUGUUUUAUUCUUUUUCUUACUUUGUUUCCUUCACAAAAAUAUCUCUAUUUGCUUUUAAAACGA